UUAUAGUUGUACUUGACAUUCGAUGGGGCGUUCAGUUGUGCAGCAGCAGCUGGUCGUGUUCUUCUCCUAACACCUGAAGAUUAUCUUCGUCGUGCGCGUACUGUGCAUCGGCUGGCUGGUAUCCUGCUCGCAUUAAUCAUUAUAUAAAAAACCUUAACCGGAAAUGGAAUCAGCCGACUGGCCCACUGUGUAUCCGCAUCAGCAUUUCAACCACGUGCAGGAUGCGGAAGACAUUGAGAAAGCCGUUAAAGGAAAAGGUUGCGAUGAGCAAGCGGUGAUCGACAUUUUAUGCAAUCGCACCUUCAAACAAAGACAAGCGAUUGCUCAAGCUUAUGAACAGCGAUUUCGAAAGGAACUGAUUUCGGUGUUGAAAUCGGAGACAUCCGGCGAUUUCGAAGAUGUGAUCGUUACGCUGAUGCAGUCACCGGCUCUAAACGAUGCCAUUAUGUUGCACGAUGCGGUCAAGGGUAAAGACCACACCCUGCUGAACACCAUUGCCUUUACGCGCACCAACGAACAGCUGCAUCAAAUCCAAGAAGUCUAUCGCUCCAAAUUUAACACCGAUGCAGUUGAGGAUGUGCGAAAGGUUACAAAUGGAGCAUACGAACAGCUGCUGGUCGCCUGUCUAUCGGGUGGCCGGGAUCAAGAGCACGCUGAACGCGGCUACGAUGUGCUGGCCGACGCGCGGGCGCUGUUCGAAUCCGGUCCCAAGCGACCCGGCACCAACAUGGGCACAUAUGUCGGCAUUUUCGCCACGCGCAGCUUCGUGCAUCUGCGCAAGGUUUUCCAGCGUUUCCAGAUGGUGGCCAAGAUGACCAUCGAGCAGGCCGUCAUUGACGAGAUGAAGGGAGAUGACGAGAAAGGAUUUUUGGCGCUAAUCAAAGUGAUUAAAAAUAAAGCGGAAUUUUUCUGCGAUCAACUUGUGGGAGCCACCAAAGGAUUGGGAACCAACGAGAAGAAGCUGAAUUUCGUCAUCGUCUCCCGUUCCGAAGUGGAUCUGGGUCGCAUUGCCGACGAAUAUCAACGGCUUCACAAGCAAUCCCUGGAAAAACUGAUCGAGGCUGAAACAUCUGGAGACUAUAAAAAAGCGCUACUGGCACUUGCGCGCGGAAACGCCAUCAAAAUCCCCAAAGACUUCCGCAAACAGUAAUGCAAUCGCGCUACAAUCAUUCCCUUCGUGCCGCAAAUGCGCGGGAAAAUUCACAAGAAAUGCAUUUGCAUUUAUUUUACCAUAAUUGCAAUUGGGAUUGCGCAAUCUUUUAUUAUUUUGCCGCGCUUGGUUUAUUGUGUACGUGCAAUGCCGAACUGCUGUUCUGCUGGCAAAAAUUAAACCUCUUUUCGGCA